ACAUUGCUGCGAGACGCACUGUUUGAAGGCUUUGAAGCUUGGAGGGAGUGAAUGGGAGAAGAAAAAGAUGCGAAAUGCGAGCGCCUCAAGGCUAUAAUUGUGUGUGCGUGCCCGCUUUUCAUCUAGUGACUGCUCAAACCGCGUGCGUGCUGUUUUGCAGCUACAGUGAGUAUAAUAAUUACUAUGUGCGGUGGCUGCGGCCCGGGGAGAAGCGAAUCGGAACCACCCCCUUCCCCCGUGAGAUCCGUCUCCUCCCUCCAACUGGGAGUCACGCCUUCUUCAUCAUCCCCCUCGUUCUUCGCUCCACCCCGCGUGCGUCGCAAGAGGGCGAAAAAGCAGAUGCAGUACAACACGCAGGUCAUCCCCGUCGUGCUGAAAAAGGUGACCACCACCUUCCUGCAGGCCUACCCCACCCGCACCCUUACUGACGGCGAGCUGCAAGGGCUGUUGCCACCUGACUGGUCUCCAACCUGUGUCCGCGAUUUUCGACACGUCGGCCUCGUCAGGGUGCAGCCCUCUCCUAGCGACCAGUGCAUCAUCAACAACCUGAAUUUACAAAUUGGCGGAAUUGUUGUCAAAGGGAUGGAAAAGGUGGAGAAUCCUUACCUGUACCUGCAGUACCAGCUGAAACUGAUAGAAAGCGAGGGGAGCAAGGAGUUUUUGCUUUUCCACGCCACCAGCUACGAAAAGGUUUUGUCCAUCGUGAAGGAAAACUUCAACUGGCGGCUGGCGGGAAGCCGCGUUGGCCACCGGCACGGCCUCGGCGUCUACUUCUCGAGCAGUCCAACCUUCUGCCUCAGGUUCGCCAAGCAGGGCCGUUGUCGGUGCUUCCUGGUGGCAAGGGUGCCGGUCGGCGGCGUCUCGACUGGCAGCCGCGACACCCGGCUGCCCGGCCCCUGCGCCGACGCCACCGGAGACGGCAGAAACACCAUCGUCAAGUACCACGACCACGAGUUCUAUCCCCAAUAUGUCAUUCACAUCUGAUGAAUUUUUACGUGAGGCUGCAGUUUAAAGAGACUUGGACUUGAAUUUGUCUUAUUUACGGGAUUUGUGUUCGUAAAAAAUUGCAGCGGCCAAUAUAUAUACUAUAUUGGCCGCUGCAAAAUAAAAUUAGAUAAAACGAAAUUUUUGUGUACCCUCAAAAAGAGAAGAUUGGCAACAUACUGAAUAAAAACAC